AUGCGCCGUGUUCCCGUAGACAAGAGGCCAAAUGCCACCCGCCUGAUCCAAAGCCAAGGCCUAGUCUUCGCCGACCUCGUGGCCCCCGGCGCCUCAGAGCCGUACUGGCCAGACGACCGCUACUACUCCUUCACCGAAAAGGAGAUGCUUCUCCUCGAAGAAGCCGCCAGAGACGUCUUUGCAAUCAUCUACGGCCGCUUCGACGUCUGCUUCGGCGGGCUCGCGCACCCGGACCCGCGGCUGCGCGUGCCCAAGUUCUACGAGUUCAACGCCGACACGCCGACGUCGCUGCUCGACGCGGCGUCCAUCCAGUGGCUGUGGAUGGAGCAGACGGGCCACGGAAACGACCAGUUCAACAGCAUCACGGAGAAGCUUAUUGAAGGCUGGAAGCGCAAUAUAAUGCUCGUCGAGAAGGAGCUGGGGCAUAAGCCGACUGUGCACUUUGCCGUCGGCGAGGGCGAGGCCACGGGGGAGGAUGCCAUGAAUACCAUGCUCCUGAUGGAGACGUGCCAGCAGGCAGGGUGGACGACCAAGGCGCUGACGAUGGAGGAGAUUGCGAAAUCGAAAAAGGAUGGGCGGUUCUAUGAUGCGCAGGGGGAGCAUAUCGAUGUUAUUUUCAAGCUUUACCCGUGGGAGUAUAUGGUCGACCAGCAGUUUGGCGAGGCGUUUUUCGAGGAUAUGGAGAAUAUCGGCAAGCGCGACGAGGAGGGGAACUACAUCGGAGGAACAGUCUGGAUGGAGCCGCCGUACAAGCUCCUGUGGAGCAACAAAGCCGUCUUUGCUGUUCUUUGGGAUAUGUUCAAGGACGACCCGCGGGGCAAGUGGCUUCUCCCCACAUACUUUGACAACGAAGCGCCCGCCUCCAUGACGAGCUUUGCGCGGAAGCCCAUCUUUGCGCGCGAGGGCGCCGACGUGGUGCUCAAGAAGGACGGCGAGAUCCUGCAGGACGCGUCGACGGGAGACUACGAUGCGGAAGGGUACAUCGUGCAGGAGCUCGCCGUGCUUCCCGAGUUCAAGGACGCCAAGGGCAGCUCGUGGUAUCCCGUGCUGGGUAUGUGGCUCGUCGACGGCGAUCCGGUGGGCAUGGGGAUCCGGGAGGAUGGCACGCCCAUCACGACCAAUGCCUCGGUGUUCAUCCCGCAUUCGAUUGAGGAUGGGCCCGUCAACUACAUGAAGCAGAAGAUUCCCGAUCAGGACGAGAUUGAGAAUUUGUUGCGGGUUGAGCCAUUUUUUGACUCGUUUGACAAGGAAGAGAAUGAGAUGAUGAGCUAUAUCAAGAAGAUUGUAAUUUCGUAGCGGGGUUUCCUCCAGGGCGGGUGUACUCUUUGGCGUGUUUUUCUUUCGAGGGACUUGGAAGUCUUCUAUAGCGGGAAUGAAAAUGAGAGAAAAUAGUUCCUAAUAACCUUUGGUUCAUAACUUCCGGCAUGCUCAUU